AAGCCCAAUACUGAAUCAAUUCAAUUUGAUAUCGGAGAUUAUUUUAUUUAUUCUUAUUUCUUUGUCCGUGUAAAUAAUAUAUUCGUGUGAAGUGGUUCAAUUUAAUCUCAUAACGCAGAUGAGCACCAGCACUCAUCUGCAUGAAGACUCCCAAUCCUCAGACGAGAAGAUGGACACCGGCUCCGAGUCCCAGCACACACCCAGCUCGCUCUCCGACUACGAAGACCCGGAGACCACAGACCCCGUUCUCCGCCUGCAAAACCCAGUCAACUUAGAAAAUGAUAAUAAAAGUAUAAUUAAAGAUAAUGAUAAUUUAAUUAAUAGUAUGAAUAAUUUAAAGAUCUCAAUAGAAAAUUCGAAUAGACCGAAGAAUUUAAGUUUAAGUCCAAAAUUUAGUUCGACACUUACAUCGACAACGGAUCAUCCUCUCAUGGGGUUAGCGAGUCCCGAUGAAAACUAUCCGGACUUAAUACCAAAGAGAACAGAUGAGAAGGACUUGAGUUUAUCAAGCAUAGAAGAUGAGAAGAACGAAACUAACGGCUUUUACAGUCCCGAGCGUAAUACUAGUAAAAACAAUUUAUAUUUCAAUGAUAAUUUUACAACAGCCGAAAGUCAUAUUUUAAGUAACGCUUUAGAUGUAACGAGUCCGCCUGACGUGGCGAAGAUUGAGAAGAAGAUUCAGAGGAAGGGGGUGGAGAGUAAGGGGGAGGGUGUGAACAGGUUGGAGGUGUUGAGGGUCACUGGGCAGAGUACGCCGAGGAGGAAUGAGGAGAUUCAGGAGGUUGAAGAGUUUCAUUCGGGGGUGGCUGAAUGGUGUGAGUCCCCCGCCCACAGACCGAGGCCCAAUUUCGACCUGCCCAUCGAGUUGAAGACCACCAUCAAAGCACCUAAUGACCUGGAUUCCCCCGACGUAGUAUCAUCAUCGCAGGAAGACCGGUCAGCAUACCAGGCCCUCUUGGACCCUUACACGGGCAGCGUGGCCCUGAGACCCACGCCGCAAGCGAGGAGCCCCGCCGCGCAACGCCGCAGGAUACAACUGCCUCCUGACGAUGACCAAUGUAGUCUGGAUAGCUGCAGUGUGCACUCUCUGGAGUCGGAAGAGGAGCCCCCGGAGCCCGAGCCUGAGCCCGGGUACCACACACCUGUCGAACAGGAACACAGCAAAAGGUCUACAAACACCGUCAGCUCAUGCAGCGCGAGCGAGCCGAUACCAGAAUACUCGGCCGCCGAAGAACUGAGGGACGAGCGGUCGUGGCUGAGUGUACCGCGGCCGGGCGGGCCCGUCACCUGCGACAUGAAGGUGAUCGAGCCAUACAAGAGGGUGGUGUCCCACGGCGGCUACGACGCGUCAGGCUGCGCUCUAAUAGUUUUCAGCGCCUGCCAUUUGCCUGACGUCCGUCGGACGGAUUACCACUAUGUUAUGGACAAUCUGUUCCUAUACGUAAUCUGGACGCUAGAGCGACUAGUACCAGAUAACUACAUCCUGGUAUAUCUGUACGGCAGUGCGGGACCGAGGCGGCUGCCCACCAUACACUGGUUGAGGGAAUACUACAAGCUGAUAGACAGACGGUUACGGAAGAGUUUGAAGCAUCUAUACCUGGUACACCCCACGUACGGACUGAAGAUCUUCGUUGCGUUCACCAAAGCCUUCGUCAGCUCGAAAUUCUUCCGCAAACUGAGCUACGUGCGGAACCUGACCGAGCUAAUGUCACUCGUCCCAGUCGAGCCCAACGCUAUACCCGAACUGGUGAAACAGUACGAUGCGGGCAAGCGGUAGACUUCGGUACCACCGCCGGCACUUAACACAUUCAUUGCCACCCAGCCAAACAAGACGUCCGCGCCAGGCCACAAUUUCGUCAUACAAAGCAGUAGUACCACGAUCCCGA